CGUAUUCAAAACUGCCGCCAUGGUGGACCGACGCCCGACGGUGCAACCCGUGCCAGUGCACCGAGCGCGCUCCAAGCGCCAUGCCGACGACGUCAAGGUGCUCGUGUCGGUCAGCAGCAUUCGCUUGCGGCGCGGCAGCGAAACCAAAUACGAACUCUCCUUGUCCAAGCCACCGCUCCCCCAUCACUGCGUCAUCGUGUCGAUUAGCUUCCCCAACAUACCCGGUAUUUCCGUGGUCCCGGCCGAGGUCAUGUUUACAUGUGCCCACCGCAAGCCGCACGAGAUCAACGUCCAUGCGACCGACGCCGUCGAGCUCCAGCGCUUCAAGCUCGAGCACCGUGUGAAGCGGACAAAGCACUGCGACACCCGGUAUAUGUCCUGCGCGGUCACCAACCUCGCGGUUCAGAUCCUACGGAAAGACUCUCUCUUUGUCUUUACUUUUGGCUCCAACUUGCACGGCCGUCUUGGCACAGUGACGCCCACCGCUGCGUGCACACCGACGCCGCUUCGCUGCAAGUGGCUCUUCCCUGUUCAAAUCGCUUGCGGCCGUGAGCACUCGGCCAUUGUCGACAUCAACUCGCAUCUCUACUGCUUUGGACGGGGCAGUGAAGGCCAACUGGGCCAGCUCCACGUCGACAACGUCAAGGUGCCCGCGAUCGUCGCUUCGCUCGUGCAGCAUCAAGUCUUCCACGUGGCAUGUGGCGCCAACCACACGCUUUGUUCGGUCGACGGCGGCCGCAUUUUUGCGUGGGGCGACAACACGUACGGCCAAUUGGGCGUCGGCUUCAAGGCCAAGCAAUACCACAUACCGAUCCACGCCAAGCACUUACCGUGCGCGGCGUACGCGAUCGUGUGCGGCGGUGACCAGUCGUUCGUCAUCUCGCAGCUCCACCAAGUGUACGUGGCCGGGUGCAACCUCGCGGGGCAGCUCGGGCUUGGCGACAUGGGCAGUCGGCGGCAUUUUACGCUCAACCCGCACUUGCAGCACGUCGAGCGCCUCGCUGCCGGGACGUACCACGUGAUUGCCACGACGCCGACGCAGGUGCUGGUGUGGGGCAACGCUGCGAACGGUCGGCUCGGGCUUUUGCGACCUCAGACAGACUUUUAUAACUUACCAACACCGCUCGAGAUGUUUGCGGACGUUCGCGUCAAGGAAGUGGCGGCCGGCGGGAUGCACACAGCGCUCCUCACUCACGCAGGCGACUUGCUUCUCUGGGGAGGCAACAACUACGGCCAAGUGGGCGAUGGCACCACGGUAGACAAGCCUCGCCCCGUGCGCCUGCGCCUCUUUGAGGGAAAAUGCGUUUCCGCCAUUGCGCUCGGCGAAUGGCACUCGAUCGCACUGGGUGACGACGGCUGCGUCUUUGCGUGGGGGUUUGGCGAAGAAGGCCAGCUGGGCUUGGGCGAAGAUCGCAACGCCCACUUGCCCAUGGUGGUCCACGCGCUCUCGGGCACAGCACCGCUCCGUGUGCACUGCGGCUCCGUCCAUAGCGUCGUCGUCACGUCCAUUGAAGUGGCGAACCGCUCGCAGCAGGAAAAGGAUCAGAAGCUCUCGGAGCUCAAUGCGCAGCACGAACACCGGCGACUCUUGAGCCGCAAGUCGAUGCUCUGGAAAGGCCGGCGUCCGACCACGAAACAUCUGGACGAAGCAGCAACGACCGCCGCCGCAAUGACAUCGGAGCGAACGAUCGACGUUCAUACGUUGCCGACGACGAUCGCUGAGACCGAAGAGACCACACCGCUCUCCGACGACUCGCUGCGGCAGUGUCUCGAAGCCGACAUGACGCAGCAUAUGCACAUGUCGCCGCCAGUCGCUCAGCGCCCGCCCCAGCACCCACGGUUGCGUCGCCCGCACACGGCCCGGCCAGUACGUGGCACGAGCACCGCGCCGGUGCCAACGUCGUGGCGGGACCGACCGAUGACGUCUCGGCUGUCGCUACGACUCGCCCUUCGGGAAGAGUUUCACGUCCUCAGUGUCCUGCAGCGGCCAGUGGCGCCGCCAAUGGACAAAAAGACAGUCUACGAUCGACUAGAUACCCGGGAAAAGCUACUCGGGGCGUUGCGGGACCCGUUUGACUUGACGUCGCCGGCGUCACCGGUGCACGGACGACCGCGUCGACCGUCGACGGCGCCGUCCAGACGCAGAGACAUGGCGUCGGUCGUGAGCACACCGUCGCCAGUCGUGGUGCGUGUCGACAGCCUCACGGCGCUCCUGGACGAGGACAUGGCGUCGACGACGAGCCCCGAGACAAGUGACAAUCUCUCGGUUGCGACCGACGCGUAACUGUAGGAAAGACAGUGUAUAGUGUGGAUAAGUUGUCUG